AUGACGGUCUGGAGCGUAAUGGAGCUUGUCCGGUCAGCGGUCGAUUCUGUCAGUGCGAUCAUUCAUCGUGCCCUAAUGGAACCGAUGGACGGCAGUGUAGCGGUAACGGUGUAUGCGAAUGUGGAACAUGCAGAUGUGAGGAAGGAUGGGAACGAGAGGACUGCUCAUGCAGUACGGACAAAGGCCCAUGCAUGGAAGGCGGAGUGA